AUGCCAUCGCCAAUAUUGAUCUCCAACAGCUCGGGAUAUUUCACGUUACCGGUGGUGAUACGAAGCAUUGCGGUUACCACGUCGGGAAUAUGGACUUCCCCAGCAAAUCUGCAUUUUUACACGGCGGAGAACAUUCACAGUUGUUUGAAAUACAUUGCCAUCUCGCUCUUGAUAUAUUUUCUCCUGUCGGGCCCGUUAUUGCUCGCAAAACUCUUGAUGAUGGCAAUACACAAUGAACGAGGAUUCCAAAUAGUCAAGACCGUGCAAGAGUUCUGCAGCAACCAUGUUGUGUUUGAGUGCUUUUCCGCGGCGUUUCUCAGCUUUUUCGACCUGGACCUCGAAAGGUUGUUCUUGAUGAAUUUAAAACAUACAGAUGAGUUGAACGGGGGCACAAACUACGGUAGAAACUACUUAAAGUUGCCUGAUCAUAACCGAAUAGGCGGGUGGGAUUUCAAAUCUUUCAAGCGGGCGUGGAAGUUUAAUCGACAAUUUAAAUUUUUCCUCAAGAGAUACACCAACUACUUGUCGUUAAACGCGGUUGUGUUUUGCUGCAUCUACAUCUUGCCCCAGUCCCUAGCAUCAAGCAUUUUAGCAUUUAUUUCAUUCCAAGCGCUUUUGGACAAGUUUGGCACCCAGUUGUCCAUUGUGUACGUGGCGUUGUUGCAAAUGACAGAUUUACAGUAUCGCGCCAUGUUUAUCACUACAUAUUUCGGCGCCAUGAACUUGGCUCAAGAUUUGCUUAUCCCGUACUUUAACCGGGUCAACUUUACAAACCUGGAACAAGAACAAUGGAUCAAUACCAGAAAGGGGGUGCUAUUUGGCAUUGGCAUUAUUUAUUUCAUCGCGAUCCACAAGACGCGCUGGAUAUCCAUGCUCAUAUACUCGAAUGCGUUUUUCAACAUGGGGUCGAUCAUCACUCGUAUCACGAGCGAAAUACCUGCAAACUCAAAGGAAUUGAGUGCAUGGGCCACAUUGGAAAGCGUAUGGGAUGGACAUGAAAAAUUUGUUGGAGAGGGAACAUCAUGA